ACCUCACCUCGGCUCCGCAAGUUGAGCUCAUAGAUAGAGGAAAAGAAAGCAACGCAAAACAAGGGCUGAUCUGAUCGAGCAGGGCAGGCAGGCAGAUAGACAGGUCACAGUGCGAGAUGGGCAACAGCUUGAGGUGUUGCAUAGCGUGUGUUCUUCCCUGUGGAGCUCUAGACCUCGUUAGGGUCGUCCAUCUCAACGGCUACGUCGAAGAAAUAACCCGCCCCAUUACCGCAGCGGAGUUCCUCAAGUCCUAUCCGAAUCAUGUCCUCAGCCUGCCCUGCUCUCAGGGGGUAGCCCGUCGAAUCCUCAUCCUCUCUCCUGAUUCCGAGCUCAAGAGAGGCUGCAUCUACUUCCUGAUUCCAUCCUCAUCUCUCCCUCCUGAUUCCAACAACAAGAACAGGAAGAAGAGGGACGACAAAAGCGGAAACAAGCAAAGCAGUUCCAGCUGCAACCUGCAGGACAACAGAUCCUCCAAUAACAAAAUCAGGAGAAGUGUGAACGACACGUCUCCUCCUGAACCUGAUACUGGCGCUGUCUCAGGAUCAGGAAGCUACGGCCAGCAUCAGGUCCGUGAAACUGGAGAUAUAGGAAAGAGAUGCCUGCAGGGAAGAGAUCGGAGGCACCAUAGCCGAACUGCCAGUUGGCUGCCCCAUCUUGAAAGCAUUGCUGAAGACUAACCCCACAAACACGCACACACACACAUGAACAGACACGCACAGACACUCUACAAUUAAUAUAUGCAUGGGAGUGCUGCUGUUCAUUUCUUAGAUCCAACCAUGCAUGGGCAGCACAGCAGUUCUCUUAUUAAUUCUCUGAAUCAUCUUCCUGUUUUACCAGGCUUUGUUAUUAUUAUUAUUUUUUUCUCUCCUCAUGAUUAUUGUAUGUGAGGCGAGGCAAAGAGUCAUUGGUUUGAUCCAUAUAGUCAGUCACCCCCGCUGCUUCAUCAGUAUGUCCAGGUAAAAUCAUCAGUUUUUUCUUUUUUUGCUCCAAGAAAAUCCAAUGUGUUUUGGAGAGUAAGUGGAGUUCAGUUGUCUUUGUCGAUCAAGAUGUACAUUAUAACCUCAAAUUUGAUUGAGUUGGUGAUUACUUCUC